GGAGGCGCGGGCUCUGGGGCCCCGCGCCUUUUGUGUGGUGCUUGGGCCGUCGCGCGCGCUUUCCCCUCAGUCUCGACUCCUGGGCUGAGUUCGCCCGCGCGCGCGCGCGCGCGCGCACCCGCGCGCCUGCCCUUCUCUCCGUCGACGGCGUCGCAGACGCCCGCGCCCGCCCGGGGACUGCGCCCCGAGUCUCGGGCGGGCGCGCGCGCUCCCCCCGGGCCGGCGGGACCCGGACGGCGCUCUCCCCUUCCCCCUAACCCCCGGCGGCGCGCGCACACAGCGGCCCGGGCACGCGCCCGCCAAGAUGGCAGGGGCCGGGGCCCGGCUGUCAGGCGCCGCCGCCUCAGCCCGUCCCCGCAGCUAGCGGCCCGGACGCCCGCCCGGAGAAGAUGAGCCCCCGCUGCCCCCCGCAGCCCAGCGAGACGCGGAGCCGCCGCGCCCGGGGCCGGCUGCCCCGCUAACGCCCCGCGCCCCGCGCCGCGCCCCCCGGCCCGCGCGCCCGCCCGCCCCGGCAGCGACAAUGAGUGAACAGAGUAUCUGCCAAGCCCGGGCUUCCGUGAUGGUCUACGAUGACACCAGUAAGAAAUGGGUACCAAUCAAACCUGGCCAGCAGGGCUUCAGCCGGAUCAACAUCUACCACAACACUGCCAGCAACACCUUUAGAGUCGUCGGAGUCAAGCUUCAGGAUCAGCAGGUUGUGAUCAAUUAUUCAAUCGUGAAAGGGCUGAAGUACAAUCAGGCAACGCCAACCUUCCACCAGUGGCGAGAUGCCCGCCAGGUCUACGGUUUAAACUUUGCAAGUAAGGAAGAGGCAACCACGUUCUCCAAUGCCAUGCUGUUUGCCCUGAACAUCAUGAAUUCCCAGGAAGGCGGCCCCUCCAGCCAGCGUCAGGUGCAGAAUGGCCCCUCUCCCGACGAGAUGGACAUCCAGAGGAGACAAGUGAUGGAGCACCAGCACCAGCAGCGCCAGGAAUCUCUCGAGAGAAGAGCCUCGGCCCCAGGACCCAGCCUCCAGCCAGGGCACCCGUCCUCUGCAGCCUGCGCCCCCCUCUCAUGUAGCGGCCCUCCACCCCCACCCCCACCCCCUGUCCCACCGCCACCCACGGGAGCCACACCCCCGCCCCCACCCCCACUGCCGGCCGGAGGAGCCCAGGGCACCAGCCACGACGAGAGCUCCGUGUCCGGCCUGGCCGCCGCCCUGGCUGGGGCCAAGCUGAGACGAGUCCAGCGGCCAGAAGAUGCAUCCGGAGGCUCCAGUCCCAGCGGGUCCUCGAAGUCUGACGCCAACCGGGCCAGCAGUGGGGGUGGCGGAGGAGGCCUCAUGGAAGAGAUGAACAAGCUGCUGGCCAAGAGGAGAAAAGCAGCCUCCCAGACAGACAAGCCGGCUGAUAAGAAGGAAGACGAAAGCCAAACAGAAGAGCCCAGCACCUCUCCAUCUCCGGGGACCCGAGCAGCCAGCCAGCAGCCCCCCAACCCGUCAGAGGCCAGCCGGAAGCCCUGGGAGCGGAGCGGCUCAGCGGAGAAGCCCGUGUCCUCCUCGCUGUCCAGAACCCCGUCUGUGGCCAAGAGCCCGGAAGCUAAGAACCCCCUGCAGGCGCAGCCUCACUCUAGGUACCGCACCGCCCGCCUCUGGGGCCGCCUCUGUCCCCUCCCCCAACUAACACCUCGGCCCCUGCCGCGUUGUCAUCUAACAGCUAUCUCUGGGAGAGGGCGGGCUGUGCGUGGUGAGGGACAGGGCAGGCCGGGUCCUCCUCACCCUCAUCGAUGGGGGGCCCUGAGGCCCGAGGGGUGUGACUGUCCAGAGAGGCCGUGGGGAGCCGCGGAGGUGCAGUCCCAGCUCUGGGCUCGCCAGCCAGGACACCGGGCUAGCCAGGGGCCCUCUGCAGCCUCCGCUGCUUGCUCCACCCUGCGCAGAGGUCCGCUCACCACCCCCCCGCAGCGUGGUCGAGUGUGGACGGCAGCCGCACACAGCAAGUACCCCUCACCAGCGCUCGCUGUGCCCCACGGCCUACAGUCCCGGGGCUGGCCCCUCACCACCCUCCUCCGCUUCCUCUGCAUCUUCCCAGGGAGAUGCUGGCCACGUUUCCCAAACCAAAAGCUGAGGUGAUAACAGGAUGGGUUGUUUGCAAAGGAGGUCGCUCAAAAAAAACCUCAGGCAAUCAGAUAGUAACCACAGGCCGAGCGUGGCCUGAAUGUGCAGGCUUCUAGAGCCCGCACUAAGGGGUGUCUCCAACGCCCAUCACGAAUCGGAGGGAAACAGCCCAGAGCAGGUGGCGCUUGGUCCUGGUCUGGCUGAGUCAGCCAAGAGAGAGCUCUGGCCAGCUCCGCAGGAGCGGUGAGGACAGACACAGGUGCUCAGGGAGGGCUGUCCCGGUAUCAGCCAGGGUUUGUGGGGGUCCCGAGUCAGCCAGCUUUUCGGCCAGGCGUGAGGUCCCUGCCUGCACAGAGCUCGUCUCCGCAUGCAAAGACCCACAGACAAGACAACCAUGCGUUCCCACGGGUGCUCGGGGGAAGAUACCAAGGGUUCUGUGGUGGGCAGUGCCGGGCACAGAGGGGCUUCAGCAAGGGGGCUUCUCAGAGGCGGUGUUUGAGCGGACACGGAGGAGGGGAGCCCACCCUGCAGAAAGUGAGGGGGGCGGACUUGCAGUCUGAAGGAGCAGCAAGUGCUGAGGCCCCGAGCCUGCCGCCAGCCUGGCGAACUCAGAGCAGAAAGCAGAGCAGCGUGGCUGGCCAGCGUAGAACGUGAGGAGGGCGGAGCAAGGCACACUGAGGGGAAAGGCGCGGGUUUGACCCACGCACAGGCUGCGGUCCGUGCGCCCUGGGCCAGGGCGCCAUAAUGCAGUGCCUCUGGGCCGCUCGCCUGGCAGGAGGCAGGAGGUGAACCCGUCAGGCGGGAGCCAGAUCAGGGCCCGGGAGGUGAGGUGGGCAGGGCCGGCCUGCAGCCCUCGGCAGAGC